AUGACGACUCUCUCCAUUCCGACCACUUCCGCCCUCCCCUCGACCCAACUCGUCCCCUCAACACACCCCGCAGUCCAUCGAACCUUGCUUCGAUUAUCGCGACAAUCUAUGAUAUCCUUGGUACUGGACUGGCUCGAUGAACGCAACCAAGAGAAUACUGCACCAUAUCUUCUCUCCUCCGAUGACGAAGACAACGACGAAAAUGACGAUGAUCUAUACCCACCAGCUUCAUCUCUCGCUGCGUUGCGCGAAAUCUAUACAGACCUCCAGGGUCGCAAAGGCGGCAAGAGAGAUGUGGUGGAUAGGGCGAUUGAAGGGGACUGGCGAGAUGGAAUAUCUCUCUACCAGUUGGCAAUGGCAGAUAUGCAAUAUCUCUACGAUCAUCCUUCAUCACAGAAAUGGAAUGCCUUGAAGAUUACACGCCUCACCAACGACCAAGAGAAGACUUCUCCCUCAAUACCACGAUUUCACCCAGCAACCUUCCUGCGAAACCUCCAACAAGAAGUCCUCCCAGACGUUAAGGCGCACUAUAAUUUAGACCGACAUGCGACCCUACCUCUCCUCAUACUUCGAGUAUUUAUCGUCGAAAGUCCGUACAAUACUUCGUUGGCUCUCCAAUCUGUAAAUCAGAACAGCAUCCUCGACUCGAACAAGACAUUCUACGUUGCAUUUCCUGACUCAUCUCCCCAUGUCUUCGUAUCAGCAACAUUCAAUGCACAAAGCAGCUCACGAGGCCCUUCAUCAAAUAAUAAGAGCUUAAGGAGGCUGAUACUAGAGGGAAUUCCGAAAGCAUUCUCAAAGCCAAGGGAGAGAUAUACACUACAAAGCACGAGUCUCAGUGCUAAGAACUUGGAGGCUCUGGUAGAAAAACGAGGUGGUGGGAGAACGAGUGCAGCUGGUGGAGGAUGGAGUGUCUAUGCGGAGGAAAAACAUGGAAAGGAUAAUCCACUUAAUACACAAUUACCCACGCCGGAAGCUUCCAUACUGGACGAUGUUGAGUCGAACACGAAAGAAGAGGAGAAGGGUUUGAAGAGAAAGAGAGAAGAGGCCCACGAUGUUGUGAAGAGGCGUAGAUUGGUUGCGCAAGGGAGAUUUGGCAAUACCGCAAAGGCAGAUGAUGGGAAGGGUAUUGAAAGACUUGACAUACGAGUUGAAGAUCUAUUUCCCGAAGCAGAUGCUGCUGAAGAGGAGGACCUCAAUCUCGAUGACAGCGCCAGAGAUCGGAAUUCGAAACGAAAAGGAAGAAGGAGCAGCAUUAGUAUUGAAUUAGACAAAGCUGAAGAAGAUGAUGUUCAAGCUGAUGGUUGGCGACCGGAUGUAAGGAUCACAUUGCAUGGAUCGCAUGUCUUUGCUGGGAUCAGAGAUUUGAUAGAGGCUGGUAUCGUGGAGGGGGAGAAGAUGCCAGGAUGGAUGACUGGCGAGGAGGGUGUGAGCCUUGGUGUUGUACGAGAUGGACGUAUAAGAGGAUUCAAGGGGACUGGGGUUUAAGCUCCAUUCGCCCUUUAUUAUUGUGAUGUAUGAAUGAGUAUCAUGUCUGGCGUUCAGGGCAUCUGGGAUGGGAGAUAUCCAAUGGCAUUAGGGUUGGUAGCAUUCGAUGGAAGAAUAGCUGGGCAUUUCAUCAUUCGUCCUGCAUGGUCCCUUGCGUAAUGAAGCAGAGAAAAAUGUCCGUUCUCCGUCUGGGAUGGAAAGUCUUGGAAUUGUCCAUCAAACCUCGGACAAUCCGAAGAUCAAAAUGUGGUAGAGUAGGUCAAACUUUCCUCUCGCGAUAAAGCUAGGAUGCUUCGAUCAACAUUAUCCUUAAUCCCGACUUUAUUGCUGUCAAGUCUUAUCUCUCUGUCAGUUACUUACUUCAGGGUUGGUUCGUGGCGUUGCAACUUUCCCGGACAAGCAGCUGAACGAUUGAUUACUAUUGAUUGUCUGACCCAAGUAUCUGGAAAUCUGAUCUCUUUUUCGGUUGUA